AUGGCCAACAUUGGACGUAUGCUUGCAUCGCGCGUUACCGGUCAGCUGGUACGCAAUGUGGCUGUCAACCAGCAGCAGCAACAGGCCAACCUGCUCCGGUUCUACAGCAGUGCUCCUAAGUCGUACGAAUUCAUCAAAGCCGAACUAACGGGUGAGAAGAAGAAUGUAGCGCUGAUUACGCUAAAUCGUCCGAAAGCGCUGAACGCCUUGUGCAACGGAUUGGUGGCAGAAAUUAGCGAUGCAUUGGAUCGGUACGAGGCGGAUGAUACGAUCGGAGCGAUCGUUAUUACUGGCAGCGAGAAAGCAUUUGCCGCCGGUGCCGAUAUUAAGGAGAUGCAGCCGAAUACGUACGCCAAGUGCAUCAACACUGACUUCCUUGCUAACUGGACCCGGGUGGCUAAGGCUCAGAAGCCCAUCAUUGCCGCCGUGAACGGGUACGCGCUUGGUGGUGGCUGUGAGUUGGCCAUGAUGUGCGAUAUCAUCUAUGCCGGUGAUAAGGCCCGUUUUGGGCAGCCGGAAAUCGCACUCGGAACGAUCCCUGGUGCCGGCGGUACCCAGCGUACUACCCGUGUGAUGGGCAAAUCAAAGGCGAUGGAAAUGUGCCUUACCGGGAACAUGAUUACGGCCGAGGAAGCUGAGCGUGCUGGGCUGGUUAGCAAGGUGUUCCCGGCCGACAAGCUGGUGCAGGAGGCGGUAAAGUUGGGUGAGAAAAUUUCCACCUUCUCGCCGCUGAUCGUACGCCUGUGCAAGGAAGCGGUAAACUCAGCUUACGAAGUGUCGUUGAACGAGGGUUUGCGUUUCGAGCGUCGCCAUUUCCACGCCACGUUCUCGACGAAGGAUCGGCUGGAGGGCAUGACGGCAUUCGUUGAGAAGCGUGCACCGAAGUUUUCCAACGAAUAAGA